AUGCAGAGCGCAGACCACAAAGCACACUGCGGUGGUAUGAACGAUCAGGAACUGGAAGAGGCGUAUGACUACAACAGUGUGUUGGACGAGCUAGACUACAUGACGGCGCCGGGGGCGCGCACGGCGUGGCACAAGCGAUGGAUGCAGCAGGCGCGCGGCACGUGGUACAAAUGGCGGACGCCGCGGCGGUUAGCCGGUAGCCAGCGCGGGGUGGAGCUCUACAGGCUGGACCGGGCGGGCGAGGGCACGAUGUUGCUGGAGGAUGAGGCGCGCGAGCUGGAGGGUAAACGGUGGGGCAGCUGGGCGAGGACCUUGGUGCCACUCGUGAUGCUGGCUGCGCUUUUGCCCGUGUACUUGACGAUCCUGGCGCCCUGGAUCCGGUUUGCGAAGCUGGCCCCCACCGAGCCGGCUGCCUCCCCCCGAUGGAACAACGGGACGCACGACUUCGUGGGACUCACCUUACUUGUUUCGAUUGACGGGUUCCACCCGUCGUACAUCAACAACGAAUCCACGCCGUUCAUAAACGAGUUGUACAGCGGCACGUACGCCAAGAGCGGCGUGCUGACGACCCCGUACAUGAGGCCCAGCUUUCCGUCUGAGACGUUCCCCAACCACUGGACUUUGGUAACGGGGAGACGGCCCGGGCACCACGGCAUCGUGAGCAAUGUGUUCUACGAUGACACGCUUAAGAAGGAGUUUGUGUUUGUUGAUUCUCCCCAAGACCCCGCCUUCUGGAAGGGCGGGGAUCCGAUAUGGUUCACUGCGCAGAAGGCAUUUGGCAUCUCGGAGUUCAGCGCUGCCGCGCACUUCUGGCCUGGCUCUGAGACGGUUUACGAGGAAGAUGACCCUGAACGGGAAACCCGGACUCCGCGCUAUGUGGACAAGUACGAUGGCCUGGAGUCGAUGGACCACAAGUUGGACCGCAUAUUUGAGUUUAUCGACAUGCCACUAGGGGAACGGCCAGGACUCAUCCUGUCCUAUAUUCCCGAGGUAGACUCCGUGGGGCACCGCUAUGGCAAUGCAUGGACGAAUCCCGUACUCCAAAAGGCCUUGCGAGACACGGACGACUUCAUGCGGCGUCUCUUUCAGGGUUUGGAGCAGCGCAACUUGACCUCGUUUGCGAACACGGUGAUUGUCAGCGACCACGGGAUGGCGAAGCUAAAUUGGACAAAAGAUGUGCUAUUCUUGGAGGACAUAUUCAGUUCAGAUGAUGUGUCUCGUUUGGAACGGAUCAGCGGGCAUGUUAACUGCGGCGUUUACCCCAAGGAUAGCCACGAUGUGCAUUAUUUCCAUCAGACACUCAAAGAGCACUUGAAAGGGCUACCGUACGAUGUUUACUUGCGUGAGCAGCUCCCAGCAGAGUACGAAUUACAGGGGCGCUACGAUCACCGCCUUGCGCCAAUCUGGAUACUCUCUCAUCCUGGAAAGUACAUUAUGGACAACAGGAAAACAGCUCCGCCCAACGAGAUAUUCGGCAUGCACGGCUUCAACAACUCUCACGUAGACAUGCGUGCUACGUUCAUAGGAGUGGGGCCGUUCUUCGGUCGGAGCGGCGUCACAAGCUAUCUAGCACCCUUCGAUAACAUCGAGGUUUGCCAACUCUUGUCCGAUGUAAUCGGUCUUGCAGAACCGGCGGAGACAGACGCCACUUGGCCUUGGCCGUUUAGCCACAUGACUCUGAAGGAGUGGACCAAUAUCGCCUUGCCUUACGGCUGGCAUGAAGAUAGUGAAUACCUUGCGUACCGCUACCCAGGUAGCACCUUCAACAAGCUAUGGAAUCACUUCAAGCGGCCCGCAGCUCAGGAACAAGUCACUACGACUCUUUCAUCACCCUCCGACCAUCCCCCAUCAUCCGCCGCCGCGCCCACAACGACUCUUUCAUCACCCUCUGACCAUCCCCCAUCAUCCGCCGCCGCGCCCACAACUACUCUUUCAUCAUCAUCUGACCAUCCCACUUCAUCUUCCGCCGCGCCCACAACGGAGACGACAGAAUGGUAUUCCGGUAUUAUGGAUGGUGCAGCGCACAUCAUAGAUGAUACAGAGCAGCUCAUCAACAGCAUUAUGCCGCAAGAAGUCGGUGAUUUUGUCGGUGGUUUAGUCCAUGAUGUACUUGGAGGCGUGGAACACUUCCUCGAUGGACUGUCUAGUGAAUAG